CAGCUUUUCUCCGGCUCCCCGGCGUAGGCUCCGGCUGGCGGAUCGGCAGCGCCAUGUGACGGCCGCUCGAUCCCUCUCGGGGCUCUUUCUCUCCUCUUUCCCUGCCUCCCCUCCUUCCUCUCCCCGAGGUGGGGCCCGCGGGGAGCAGCGGGCGGCCGCCGGGGGCUGCCGUAGCGCCUCCGCCCAGCCCCGGGCUGCGGGCAGCCGGCCGCUCGGGCAGCUCCGGGGCUCCGCGGGGCUCCCCCCUGCCUGCACCUGUUGAAGCAGGAACAAGUACACGUCAAAAAGUUCUUCGUCCUGGAAACUAUUAGCACAGAAGCCUGAGCCACAAGAACUCCCUUUCGCUAGUGGUGGUCGUGCUGCUCAGGUGAGAAGACAGAGGGGGAAAAGCUCUGGGCACAACUUUGCAGCUUACCUGGUACCCUCUGGAGCACAGCUGAAAAAGAUUAAACCCUGACACCACCUCAUCUCGUCCUGAAGUUCCAGCAGAAGUCAGCUCUUCUCUCCCAAGCUGUGGUGUGCACACAAUUCUCAUGUGAUAUUUUUGUUUUUAGUGAGAAGAUUAAACGCUGUCCUGGAAAAUAACUUGAUUGUAGUAAAGAAGAAGUAGUGGAAAAGUGAAUGUAUUACAUAGAAAUGGCUUUAUGGAUUUGGACUCUGAGCAUUUUGAGCUGCUUUUGCAUCACCUUAUCCAGAAAUGAGGAACUGAAUUUUUUUCAGAGUACCACAGAGCUAAAUCACCUAACAGUGGACAAUGAGACUGGGAUAGUCUAUUUGGGAGUGGUAAAUGCUCUGUAUCAGCUCACAGAAAAACUGAUUAAAAUUAAUCAAGUAGAAACAGGUCCAAGAAAGGACAACAAAAAGUGCACACCUCCCAUUGAUGAAAAUCAAUGUAAAGAAGCAGUACUGACUGACAAUUACAACAAAUUAUUGUUGCUGGAUAAGGCAGAUAAAACAAUUGUGGUGUGUGGAAGCCUUUUUAAGGGAAUUUGUGCCAUCAGGGAUUUAGAAGAUAUUUCCAAUGUUAAGUAUUAUGUGGACAGUAGUGGGGAGAAGUCCUUUGUAGCAAGCAACGAUGAGAACGUAUCAACGGUGGGAUUGAUCACUUCCUUGAACAAUGACCGAGUGCUGUUUGUUGGGAAGGGGAAUGGACCAAAUGACAAUGGGAUCAUAAUUAGCACUCGGCAGCUCUACAGCAGAGAUGGGAAAGACAUUUUUGAGAUGUAUACAGACUCUGCGGCUGUUAAAUCAGCAUAUCACUCAUCAAGCACACAACAAUUUGUCACAGUCUUUGAGGAUAAAAAUUAUGUUUAUUUUAUUUUUAAUCAACAAGAGAAACAGCCUGUCAAUAACCGCACACUAAUUGCACGUUUGUGCAAAGAUGAUGCCCACUAUUACUCCUAUUUUGAAAUGGAUUUGGGUUGCAAAGAUGAUGAUGGUGCCUACGAUCACUGUCAUGCUGCUUACGUCACUAGCCCAGGAGAAGAGCUGGCAGAGAGCAUGGCUCAGCAAAGACAAACUACGGAUUCUCCCUCAGAUGACAAAGUUCUUGUUGCACUCUUCAGCAAAGUAAACAAAGAUAACGGCUCUCCAAAAUCUGCCAUGUGUGUGUUUUCUUUGAGGCACAUCAAUGACAAAAUGGAGAAGAACCGGAAUGAUUGCUACACUAAUAAGAAUACCAGCAUGUUUUACAAACUCUUUGCAGUAGAAAACCCGUGUGGAUCACAUGGACUGAAUGCAAGCAAAAAUUUCCCCUGUGGCUCUGAACACUUACCGUACCUUUUGGGAAGUAAAAAUGGUGUUGUAGAGAAGCCGGUGUUACAAAAAGAAGGGAUGAAUCUCACGGCUGUUACUGUGACUGUGGAGAAUGGGCACACCGUGGCGUUUCUGGGAACUUCAGAUGGAAAAAUUCUUAAGGUGUUCCUGUCAUCCACUGCAACUGAGUACAGCUCUCUUACUAUUGAACUAAAUAAACCCAUAAAGAAUGACCUGGUUCUUGACAAAACCCAAGAAAAUCUAUAUGUGAUGACUACAGACAAGGUGCAUCUCCUUCCCGUACAGGACUGCUUCAAAUACUCUGACUGCGAGAAGUGUAUGCAGGCAAGGGACCCGUACUGUGGCUGGUGUGUGAGAGAGGGCAGGUGCACAAAGAGAGCAGACUGUGAAACAGCUGAUAAGGAGAACCACUGGCUCUGGAGUCCAAGUGGCACAUGCGUUACUAUCAUUAGUGCAGACCCUCGAAACAUGAGUCGCAGAGCCCCUGCUACGGUGAAACUGACUGUGAGUCCACUGCCAGCUUUGAACAGCGAUGACCAGCUUUUGUGUACAUUUGGUGACACAACCCAUCCUGCUCAAUUAAAUGAAGGGGUUAUUAGCUGUGGUCCGCCUAAAGUAAUUCCUCCAACUCCAGAAGGUCAAGAUCAUGUUUCAGUUCCAUUACGGUUAACCUUUAGAGAGAAAGAAAUAUUUUUUGCAUCACAUACUUACCCUUUUUAUGACUGUGAAGAAGCAAUGAAUCUCUAUGAAAACCAGCCAUGCUAUUCCUGUGCAAGCAAUAGAUGGAAUUGCCAGUGGGACUGGAAGAGACAUAUCUGUGAAGAGUCCUCUUCAACAGAGGAUGUGAUCAAACAAAAUAUGGAGGAAGAAUGCCCACAGUUUCUAAACCCUAGCCCUCCAAUAAUACCCAUGGAAUACCGAACAACAGUGUAUUUUGAGGGAAAACAUCUAGAUUAUUAUCUGGGUAAAAAAUUUGUGGUUGGAAACAGACAAUUUGAAUUCGAAACUCCUGUUGUUGAAUCAGCAGAUGGAAAUUUUUCGUUCAUGACUAAAGAGUUCUCCUAUAGCGCAAAUGAAACCGUACAACUUAAUUUAUCCAUAACAACAAGCAAAGUCAAGAUUGACAGCAAACUGAUGGUGACCCUGUACAACUGCUCUUAUGGGCGAAGUGACUGCAGUCUGUGCCUCGCGGCCCAUCAAGACUACAAGUGUGUCUGGUGUGAAGAAGAUGGCAAGCCGAGCAAGUGUGUGUAUGACAAGUUCUGUCAUGCUCGUCCCGCUGUCACAUGUCCUCCUCCGGAAAUCACUCGUAUUGAGCCAAAAACUGGACCACUAAGUGGUGGAAUUCUUUUGACCAUAAUGGGAUCUAAUUUGGGAAUAAAAGCAGAAGAUGUAAACAAUAUAACGGUGGCAGACAAGGAAUGUAUUUUCAAAGAAGAGUUCUACUCUGUUUCCACAAGGAUUGUGUGUCAAGUCGGAAGAAUGGAUGAACCUACACAAGGUCAAAUUGAAGUUAACAUCAAUGGAAAAUUAGGUAUAUCACCAAGCGAAGUGCAGUUUACAUACCAGGAACCUCAUCCGUCUGGAAUAAGACCUGAAAGUGGUCCACAGGCAGGUGGAACCACACUUACCAUCACCGGUACCAACCUGGAAACUGGUUCCAAGAAGGAUGUUCGUGUUUUAGUCGGUAGCCAGCCUUGCAAUGUCACUGACUUUGGAGAUGAGAUCGUUUGCGUUACAGGACGUAAUAGCAAAGUUGAAGCAGUUAAAGUCACAUUGCUCUACGGGGAAACAGUAAUUAAUGUGCCAGGGCAAUUUUCAUACAGUGAGAAUCCUACCGUCACCAAGUUCCUGCCAGUAAAUAGCUUCAGCAGUGGAGGGAGAAAUAUUACAGUAACUGGAACUGGGUUUGAGCUCAUCCAGAGUUUUUCACUGGUGGUGUAUGCAGAGCGUCCAGAAGCAGGGAAAGCAAGUCUCAAAAGGUUUGAUGGAAGAUCUGUUACAAGACUUAAUGAAACCACAGUGAUUUUUUCUUCCCCACCAAUAUUGGAAGAUCCAGAAAACUACAACAUUACCACCAUUAUUCUAAUGGAUCAUUAUCAAUUGGUUGUAAAAAAUGAGAGCCACUCCUUUGCAUACGUUGCAGACCCAACCUUUGAAAAUUUCACAGAUGGCAUCAAAAAGCAAGUCAACAAACUCAUAAAUGCAAAGGGCAGUAACCUGAACAAAGCCAUGACGAUAGACGAGGCCCAGGCUUUUGUAGGUGAUGAGCCUUGCAACAUAAAAACGCUGACUGAAACGGACUUGUAUUGUGAGCCACCUGAAGUACAGCCACAACCAAAGAAAAGGCAGAAGAGAGAUAUGAUCAAUAACCUUCCUGAAUUCAUUGUGAAAUUUGGACUCCGAGAAUGGAUCCUUGGAAGGGUGGAAUAUGAUACACGUGUGAGCGACAUCCCACUGAAUCUUAUUCUGCCACUAGUACUUAUUCCUAUGAUAGCAAUCAUCGUCAUUUCUAUCAUCUGUUACAGACGCAAGAGCCAACAGGCAGAACGAGAGUAUGAAAAAAUUAAAGCACAACUUGAAGGCCUGGAAGAGAGUGUCAGAGACCGCUGCAAGAAGGAAUUCACAGAUCUAAUGAUAGAGAUGGAAGACCAUACAAGUGAUGUAAAUGAAGCUGGAAUCCCAGUACUAGACUACAAAACAUACACAGACAGAGUCUUCUUCUUGCCCUCCAAAGAUGGAGAGAAAGAUGUGAUGAUUACAGGGAAUCUGGAUAUUCCAGAGGCUCGGCGGCAGACUGUGGAGCAGGCUUUGAACCAGUUCUCCAACCUCCUCAAUAGCAAAUCAUUUCUCAUUAAUUUUAUUCACACGCUGGAAAACCAAAGGGAGUUCUCCGCUCGAGCUAAAGUGUAUUUUGCAUCUUUACUGACAGUUGCUUUACAUGGAAAACUAGAAUACUAUACUGACAUCAUGAGGACUCUGUUCUUAGAACUGAUGGAGCAGUAUGUGGUGGCCAAAAACCCAAAGUUGAUGCUAAGAAGAUCUGAAACAGUUGUUGAGAGAAUGUUGUCUAACUGGAUGUCAAUUUGUUUAUAUCAGUACCUCAAGGACAAUGCUGGGGAGCCUCUUUAUAAAUUGUUCAAGGCCAUCAAACACCAGGUAGAAAAAGGUCCAGUGGAUGCUGUACUAAAGAAAGCCAAGUAUACACUGAAUGACACAGGCUUACUGGGAGAUGAUGUAGAGUAUACACAGUUGACAGUAAAUGUGUAUGUACAAGAUGGAGGAACUGAUUCCACACCUGUGAAAGUGCUUAACUGUGAUACCAUAACGCAAGUGAAGGAAAAGAUAAUAGACCAAGUCUAUCGAAAUCUGCCAUGUUCUCAGUGGCCAAAAGCUGAAAGUGUAGCUCUUGAGUGGCGUCCAGGUUCGACUGCACAGAUCCUCUCAGACUUGGAUUUAACAUCCCAAAAAGAUGGCAGAUGGAAACGUAUCAACACACUGAUGCAUUAUAAUGUCCGAGACGGUGCCACACUCAUCUUAUCAAAAAUGGGAAUUUCCCAGCAGCCAGAGGAUAAUCAGCAAGAUGUCCCAGGGGAAAGGCAUGCACUUCUGGAAGAUGAAAAUAAGGUCUGGCAUCUAGUUCGGCCAGUAGAUGAAAUUGAUGAAGGCAAAUCAAAGCGAGGCAGUGUGAAAGAAAAAGAGAGAACCAAAGCUAUUACAGAAAUCUACCUGACAAGACUUCUGUCUGUGAAGGGAACACUUCAGCAGUUUGUAGAUAACUUCUUUCAUAGUGUGCUCAACUCAAACCAUGUGGUGCCACCAGCUGUGAAAUACUUCUUUGAUUUUCUUGAUGAACAAGCAGAAAAACAUGACAUCAAGGAUGAAGAUACCAUUCACAUCUGGAAAACAAACAGCUUGCCUCUUAGAUUCUGGGUAAACAUACUGAAAAAUCCCCAUUUCAUCUUUGAUGUUCAUGUUCACGAAGUAGUGGAUGCUUCCUUGUCAGUCAUUGCACAGACUUUCAUGGAUGCUUGCACGAGAACAGAGCACAAAUUAAGCAGAGAUUCUCCAAGUAAUAAAUUACUUUACGCGAAAGAAAUCUCUAACUAUAAGAAAAUGGUGGAAGAUUACUACAAAGGCAUUCGUCAGAUGGUGCCAGUUAGUGACCAAGAUAUGAAUACCCAUUUAGCAGAGAUUUCUAGGGCACAUACCGAUUCCUUAAACACACUCGUGGCUCUACACCAACUCUACCAGUACACUAACAAAUACUAUGAUGAGAUUAUAAAUGCACUUGAAGAGGAUCCAGCUGCACAAAAAAUGCAGCUUGCCUUCCGUUUACAGCAAAUAGCAGCUGCAUUAGAGAAUAAAGUGACUGACCUUUGACUCAAAAGCCGCAAUAAAGAAAUCUGAUCUAAAGAUGUUCAAAUUCAUUGUUCCUAUUAAGGAAAUAGUGUUCUAUUUUUUAAUGUAUAAUUACAACUUUAAAUGAAAAAGUUCAUGUUUUUUUGAUAGCAGAGGUGUAAUGUAAAAAUUUUUAAUGUAAAUUAUGCUUCUAAUUAAAAUCUGUGUUGUGUGUAAAUGAAUCUUCUGUGGGAAAGAAAAUCCUUUGGCUGGGGGCAGGGUGGGGGGUGGAAGAAAGCAAGUCUGUAGUUCGUUUAAUUUCGUAGGAUCCGAGACAUCAGCAUUUACAUUAUGCAAGUAAAUUCAAUACUAUAGCAUCCUCUAUAUUUUAAGCAAUAUUUGUACUAGGAAAAUAAUGGCAUAUUCAGAGAACCAUGCAAUAUCCCCUUUGUUUCGAUAACUGGAAAUUGAUGUCCACAUAGUUCCAAAACUUCAUCUGUGCUCAUCAUGAACGUAGUAAACGAUGCGUCUCAUUUCUCCGCGAGGUCCGCAAAUGGGAUUUGCUACCACACAUGGUUCUUAGGUUAAUUAUUUAUGUCCAUGGUAAUGCACAGAAUUGCACCCACCACAGCUGGCAGAAACAAAAGCAAUGUCAUGCCUGUAAGGAGGGUUCUACUGAUGAAGUCUCAUUUGGUUCAGAAACCACUGUAAUGGAGAAUUAGUCCUUAAAUCUUUACAACUCUUUGUUAUUAUUGUGAGUUUUAUGAUAUAUGCUAAUGUGCCUUACUUGUACUAAUUCUGUGAAUCUGAUGAAUGGUUUUGUAAAAAGAAGCAGAUCGGAAAAAGAAAUAUUUAUGUGCUAUUGAAUGACUUUUGUGUGAAAAACAUGACCAGCAGAAUGCUUGUAAUUAGCUGCUUGCCGAGAGUGUGCUGUUUAACAUGAUUUGAUUCUGUAUAAUAUCUUAUUUUAGAAUGGUUCUGAUGAUUUUUUUUUUGAAUCUUGGAACUGUCCUAGAAAUACCAUCACUUGUUUCUAUUGUAUUUGUGAUGUAAAAUACUAGUAUGAUAUUGGAAAAAAUCAUAUACCCAUGUAAUGAAAACCACUCAGUCAAUUUUGAGCCUUGGAAUGCUGCAUUUGAUCAAACACAAACCAUAACCCAUAGCAAAGAAAAUUUAAAUAUCUUGUCUGAAAGAGUGCGUUUACAAUAUAGGUAAGCUACAUACAAAUCAGAAAGUUAGGUACGUCUUCUUCAAUUGCUGUAUUGCACAUCAGAGGACUUUAUUCCUUUUUGUCUCACGACUUUUGGCAGUAACGUAGCAUUUUAACGAAGCGCUGCCAUCUGUACAAGUUCAUUCCUUGUUCCGCUGAGCGCCUGGCCACUGCUUAUCCUCAGCAAGCUAACACAGCUCCUGCCGCCCGCUGCCGUGCCCAGCAGGUUGCCAUACAAUCGGCUUCGCCAUUGUUGAUUUUUUUAUUUUUAGUACUUUUUGGAAAGUUCCUGAUGUUUGUGAGCGGACCUUUCCUUCAGUUUCCAAAAAUCGAAAGCCUCACCAGAACUAGUACAAGGCUGGGAGGGUUUUUCGGUUUGUUGGUUUAUGGUUGUUUUGUUUUGUUUCAUUUUGUUUUGAAUUUCUUGUAUUUGUGUAUAAUCAUUCCUGAACCUGCCUGGGCCAUAAGUUAUUUUACACUGUUUAGGACGGAGGUACAUUACUGCUGCAUAAAGGUGCUUUGCCAGCUAUUCCUUCAUCAACAAAGGCAUCCUAAUUUCAUGGCUAAUCUGUUUCUUUGUCUUUAUUUGUAAAUCCUGUUAAUUGUAAAUCAAAUACAACAUUGUUUUUUUUUCCA